AGAAAACAUCAUAAUUACUGGCAUAUUGUCAGUUUUGUAAUGAGCAUAUAAUAAUGAAUAUAUUAUUUGUAUGCGUUUUCAAUUCAUUAGUUGUUCACAGAAUUAUGCUCUUAUAUUUUUCAUCUUUCUUUCCAACCAUUUAACUUAUACAACUUUGUUUUCUUCUAAGUCAUUUUUCAGAUUUCAAGCUGAUAUUCUUCAUUAGUAAUGGAAUUCAAAUUGGUUAGGAAAAGUGCAAUUAAUUUAUCGCUGCAAAAAUAAAAUAAACAAAUAAAAAGGUUUUAGAGGGAUGUUUUUUACAGUGUGAAGAAAAAAAAAUCUGGUUUGCUUACAGUGUGCCACUGUCAGCAAAACAGGCACUCAAGAAACACUUUAACAGACACAAGCACGUUGUGGAAUUUGUGCGCUCGACUUUCAUAACAGCAACUGUUGAAUAUCUCAACAUAUAGCACUAGAACAGCUCGUGUCCAAAAGGACAACUUUAAAGCUUGCGCGACAGCUCUGCAAAGUGCGCGCGCCAACCUCUCAGCCAUCUCUGACGCACUUAGCACGACUCGUAUAAAUGAAUUCACUUCGUCACUGGGCGCCAAUGAUCGCAGCUCGAGCGUGCGGCACUUCCUGAGCCCGGAGCCCGCCAUGCGUCUUCAGAGCAGCGAGGUGACCGGCGCGAGGGACUGUUUCUGAGUGACCGCUCUCACCAUGGAGAGUUACAACAACACCACAGAAAGCCAAGACUGGAGCGGGAACGCGACGACAGUUAACGAAGUUGCUCUGGUUUACCAAAUAAUCGGAUCGCUUUUCCUGGCUGCGUUAAUUCUGUUUGCCAUAUUGGGAAACGCGUGUGUCAUCGCUGCCAUCGUCUUGGAGAGAUCGCUUCAGAAUGUGGCCAACUAUCUCAUCGGCUCCCUGGCCGUCACAGACCUCAUGGUGUCAGUGCUGGUGCUACCCAUGGCAGCCCUGUAUCAGGUGUUGAACAAAUGGACUUUGGGACAGGAGAUGUGCGAUAUAUUCAUCUCUCUAGACGUGUUGUGCUGCACCUCUUCCAUCCUGCACCUGUGCGCAAUCGCUUUGGAUAGGUACUGGGCCAUCACUGAUCCCAUAGACUAUGUGAAUAAAAGGACCCCCAGAAGAGCGGCAAUCUUGAUCAGCCUCACUUGGCUAAUAGGAUUUUCCAUUUCCAUUCCGCCCAUGUUGGGUUGGAGGAAACCAGAGGACCGGGCAGACCCCGACGCGUGCACAAUCAGUCAAGACCACGGGUACACCAUCUACUCAACUUUUGGAGCCUUCUAUAUCCCCCUCAUCCUCAUGCUGGUCCUCUACGGGCGGAUAUUCCGAGCGGCGAGGUUUCGCAUAAGGAAAACGGUGAAGAAAACCGAGAAAGCCAAAAUCGCGGACAAAUGCCUCGCGGUGUCUCCGGCGCUGUUCCCGAGGAAGGCGAACGGCGAGGUGAGCAAAACUUGGAGGCGAAGCGUGGAGCCGCAGCCGGACUCGUGCGUAAACGGAGCGCUGAGACACGCGGAGGACGCAGAGUCGUUCGAGAUCACAGAAGUUCAACCCGUCUCCAGAAACCACCUGUCCUUGCCCAACAACCCUCUGCCGUGCUUCGAGAACAGAAACGAGAAAAACACGGAAGCGAAGCGCAAAGUGGCUCUGGCCAGAGAGCGCAAAACCGUCAAGACUCUGGGAAUCAUUAUGGGCACGUUCAUUUUCUGCUGGCUGCCCUUCUUCAUCGUGGCACUUGUUUUGCCUUUCUGUCAAGACUGUUUUAUGCCCGAGUGGCUGAGGGCAGUCAUUAACUGGCUCGGAUACUCCAACUCACUUUUGAAUCCUAUCAUAUAUGCGUACUUUAACAAAGACUUCCAGAACGCGUUCAAGAAGAUCUUGAAAUGCAAAUGUAUUAGACAGUGAAAGAAGCUAUUUAACGGAUGCUAAUAUCCAGAUAUUGAUUGUUAAAGAACUGCUCGAAAGGCAUUAAUGGACAGUACUACAGCACAAGAAGAGUUAGAGCUCUGUCCUUGUGUAUGUGUUUAUCUGUGAAGUUCAUCUGCCUCCACCAUAAAACAAUGUGCAUAUACCACUGGAUGGAUUCAGAUUAGAUCAAGACUCUCAGACCAGUUGCGUUCGUGCAUUAAACAAUAAAGCCCUUAAACAACAACAACAAAAAAAUAUAUAUAUAUAUUUGAAUGAUGAAAGGCACCUUUCUCCGAGCAAGGAGCUGUUGGUGUGAUUGUAAGAACAUGGAGACACCAAUAUCCAGCAGAUUAUUUAUGUAGAAAAAUGUCAUGUGAAAUCAUUUCUCUCACAUCUAUUUGUUUUCAGCAGAGUUUUAUCAUAUGACAUGGACUGACUGGAAAUACCUUAAAAUAAAAACAUAAUUCUAGAUCACAAAA